AUGUGUGAUCCAAAUACUUCAGUUAAACUCGAAGUACAGAAAUCGCCGAAUCAUUCCGAUGUAAAUGGUGAUGCACUUCUGGACAUAUUCAGUUUUACUCAACAGACUCAACCUAUGUUCGAUUCUUUCGACAGUGGUUGUUUGUUUGUACCCGUUGAAGGGAUGGAACGAAACACUUCUCCGGAUGACUUUGCAAAACGCCCUGCUGCCUCAAAAUCCAAACGAUCUGUGUCUAAAUUUCUAAAGAAACCUAAAGGAACUAAAGGUGCUGCGUGCCUUCCUCCUCUUCCACCAGUUUUGCGGACGGCCCUUGUAGUGCAUGACAAACCAGAAUCUGUUUCUAACAAUUCCGCCCCUCUUUCCAUUUCUGCGGCACUAAAAAGAGCUCAUGACCCGCCAUAUGGAGAUGAGGUAAGCAGAAAACACUGUCGUAGGGAAUCAAAUUGUUCAGUGCUCUCGAGCCAGGGACUGGUGACUAAGACACACGAAGUUGUAUGCCAUGUUCAACCAUCAGAAAAUCUGCCAAUUACCUCCAAGAUUGAUGAUUCUCUACUCAAGCAGCAAGUCGAUGAAAAUGUGAAAGUCGUAUCGUGUGAGGACCUUCCAGUGACUUCUGUACCUUACAGUCUGAAAAAGCGUUCUCAUUCCUUCGGUGGUUCUUUGAAUCGCGCAGCAUCAGCUGUAGCUGGCAGGCGCCUGCUUCAGAAAUAUCGUAAUACACCUCAUCGUUUGUCAGCAGUGCGUAAUAGGCUUUCAGGCAAAAGUCCAGGCUGGUCACGUUGGCGUCAGAUGUGCCGAGAACUGCGACGUCGAAGUUCUUCUUUACGAAUAACUUUCCACAGAUCAUCUAGUCUCGUUGGUAAAGGUGAAACAAGAGUGUCUUCAAAGUCCGGAAAGGAGCGAAUUGAGGAGCCUGCUAGACGUUCUUCAUCGCUUUCCAGUCGCAUUGGUUUUCCGUUACCCAAAUGGAGACAUACUUUUAGCCGAAGCAAACGUAGAGUCAUCGAACAAAAUGUACACAACCCCCUGUCAUUUGAAAUGCCAGCAGAUGGUUCUGAUACUUCGCUCAACACUGUUCAUGGGGCUAGUGUGGUGCUGCGGAAAUCUGAAGAUGAUUGUGGUAUGGCGUCGGGAUUCAAAAGGCUGAGUUGCCCUAAGGAAAAUUGUCAUUUUAUCAUGCCUUUGCGGCGUUUACUUUCACGUGAUUACUUUCAUUCAAAGUCGUUGCAUUCCCGUUUACGGUCUUCUUUGCGCCACAAUGAAGUUACUAGUUAUUCACCUAUAAUUCAGGUCAAAUCACCUCAUGGCUACUCUGCUAACAAAUGUGAUCUCGAUUCUCCUGAACCUCGCAUGCAGCUCGAUGGAUCUUAUGUUUCUGACUUGUCAUACUCAGCAGUGGGUUCUCAUUGUGACGUUUAUUGCCAGCCUAUACACUGCAGUGCAUGUGGUGAAACGCUUGUAUUACAUACUGAUAUCACUAAUGCAAAUGUACUAUCACCAGCAUCGCACGUUGGUUCGGAAUUGCUGUUGCGCCCGCCUGCUUCUGAUCGGUGUUCUAUUUCUUCAUCAUAUUGGCAGGCUGAGGAUCCGGGCGAUACAAUAUUCACUGACGCACAUUUAGAUGCACUAGUUGAAGCGAAUCGUCGUUAUGUGUCAGAGUCACAUGGUGGCAGUCCUCCAAAGCGAUCUGUUUCAUCUCUUCCUGCUAACUUUUAUGGCUCAUCAUUUGAAACCAACUGGAAAUCUGAUGGGACUGAUCGAUGUCAACUUGGACCAAGCACUAAAGUUUCGCGGAGAGUUACCGCACCAUCACCACCUGGCGUCUUAAUUGAACCAGUGUCUUCAGAUGGCUUAUGCUGUUCAUUAACUAAUAAUGAAGUUCAAGGUAUACCUGAUAAGACUCCGUUACUAGAAGAUUCUAACUUGGAGAAUACUGGAUCUCUUACAAAUGCACAAAAUAGCGACUUGUUUGAAUUUCCUGAGCAGUCUAAUCUCUCUACUUUUCAAGGGAGUAGUAGUGAGUUCAUGCAAACAGUGGAUCGUGAGCGUUUACGCCACGAGUGUGAGGAAUUAGAAGCCGUAGUAGCAGCUCUGCAGAAACAGUUGGAAGCCCAAGCAGAUGAACUAAGUCCAGAAUCAGCUGCUGAAUUGCUGAAAUUAGCUUGUACUGAGCCUUUAAACGAUAUUCCUACUAGUGUGACUUCAUUUACAACUGGUUUCUCUAAACAAAGGUGUAGUAAGCAUAGAAAAAUUCAGUUUGAUGAUAAACUAAUGGUCCGCCCCAUGUCACCUAAAAUGUCCCAGAUUCCUGAAACAUGUGCGUUAGAAACAGGUGAUAUAAUUCCAUCCUCUCAAACAGAAGAUGAGCCAGAAAAUUGUAACAUGAAUCAAGAACAUCCACUUUCUACUUCGAAAUCAGCGAUAUCCACAUUAAAACCUUCUGAACAGUUGAGCCAAGAUGGAUGGAGAAAGCCAGCUAGUCCACCAAACAGUUCUCUGUGUGAUGUUAUCCCAGGUUCCUUGCCCCUAUCCUCACAGACUGUUCGCGAUCCCAUUUCGCCAACUCAAAUGCAACUAAGCAACAUAACUCAUUGCCCAGAGACGAACUUGAGUUCAUACAAUACACAAGUGGAUGAAAACUGGUCUACGAUGGUUUCUGAUAAAUGUCGGUUAAAUAUUGCUGUAACCGGCUCCAAUUUAUCGCCUUCAGAUGCUGCUUUGUUGUAUAAGUUUUGUUUACAGUUUAAUGUUCUGGAGCAUACUCGAUUCAUUCCAUUAAAGACAACUCAUGUAGUGAUCAAGGAAGAAGCGUUCAUUUUUAAUAAAAACUUCCACUUAUUAUCUUACAAAAUUUACAAUUUAGGUCGCCCUCGAGUAGUUAAACGUACUUUGAAGUAUUUCAUGGGCAUUCUUAACCGAGCAUGGGUGGUAAAUACGGGUUGGAUUCGUGAAUGUAUUGCAUCCAAAAGACUUGUGGAUGAGGGACCAUAUGAGAUUGAAGGAGAUACAGUUUGUGGAGAUUGUCAUGAAGGGCCUAGACGAGGAAGACUAGGCGUUCCUGCUAUUCCACAGUCUCUUGAUAGAUUGACAUUCCGAAACCCAGCUAAUCAGCUGAAUGAUGCUAGUCAAAGUGAUCGUCGUCCAUUUUCUGAUUUAUGGUUAUGUGCAUAUCGUAAUUUGGGAGCUCUCCAACUGGUUGAUUUUUGUCAGCUAGCAUCGGAUGGAGGCGCUGUACGAGUAUUCGAAAAACCUGAAGACCUAAUGAAUGCAACUAACAAAGUGAUGCAGUCAAUGGAUAUUACUGGAACAACCGUACGAAAGCCACGGGCCAUAAUACUUACAGAUAAAGAUUCUCCUGACUUCAAUAUUGAGGAUUGUCAAGAACUUUAUCGAAUGUACGGUGUCCCUGUUAUAAGUAUUGAAUGGAUGUUGAACUGUAUUUCACUUUAUCGCCGUUUACCAAUUAAUCAGGUCUAUCGCAUAUGUCCAACUCCUCAACCUGUUUCUGUGUCUAUUCCUAAAUCAUAA